UAUUUUUUUCUUUAUCUUUUAUCCAGGUUUGAGAAAAUGUCGGUGGACUACUCCAAGCAGAAGUGCCUGGUGUGCGGCGACAAGGCAAGCGGUCUGCACUACACGGUGGUCUCGUGUGAGAGCUGUAAAAGUUUCUUCGGUCGCAAGAUCAAGAGUAAGGCAAAGUUUACCUGCGAAGCCAAUGGAAACUGUGUGAUGGACCUCUACACCAGGCGGCACUGCCCGGCCUGCCGACUCCAGAAAUGCCUCGAUGUGGGCAUGAAACCUGAACGUGUAUGGGACGAGAAGAGGUUAGAGACGAGGAAACCGCUAGAACGCAAGAACAAGAAGAAGCAGAAAGAACAGCUCCUGGUCACCCAGCAACCGACCCCUCCCCAACCCUCAGCCUCCUCGGUGUCCACGUCAUCAUCGUCGACAUCGUCGUCGCCCUCGUGUAGCAUCGUCAUGCCCGUCAGCUUCUCCCCUAAGCUCAACAAGGACCAGGAGGAUCUGAUCACAGCGCUGGAAAGGGCCAAGACGGACUCAGGGGCUACAAAUAGCAAUGCUAAGCCAAAUGGGAAAAUUGAUGAAAUCUUGAGGAAGAUGCAAGCAUUCCAGGACAAGACAGAAGCAAUGUUUGCCAAUAUGAACUGCAAUGGUGCCAAUCCUUUCAGUCUUUAUCCCAGCUCCCCCUUCCCGCCCAAGGACAUGAUGAUGGCACCCCACCCUGGUGGCAUGAUGGCCAGCGACCCUCGCAUGAUCAAAAUGGAUUCUGCACUGGACAAAGCAGACAAUGACAAGCUCCACCAAAGAUAUCCGCACGACAAGCCCCAACACAUUUGUUUAAAGGAGGAACCCCUGGACCACUCGCCGAGCCUCACCUCAACGUCUUGUCAGGUGGACAAUCAAAGGAUAUCGGACAAGAUCAAGAAGGAACCGGGCUUGAAUGAAAAAGAUAAAAUGGCCAUGCUCCCUUCCCAACCCACUAUGCAGCAGAUGAUCAUCUACAACAUGACGUUAAUGGGUGUUGUCAUCCGGCAAACUGUUGCCUUCACCAAGGCCAUUCCAGCCUUCCGCAGGCUGCCCUACGAUGAGCAGGCAGUGCUCAUCAAGAACGCUAUCCUUGAAGUCCUCAUGUUGAGGUGUGCCGAGAACUACGUUCCGGAGCGCAAUGUAAUCGUUGACGACAUCACAGGCAGCGAAUGGUCCUUCGAGUCCAUGUUGUCAUCAGGGUUUCUGACUGCGACAGAACCAACGCUCAAGUUUAUCCAGGCAGUCAAUGGUAUGAUGCUGACCAAACAAGAGUAUGCAUUACUGCAAGCAAUCACAAUCAUUUCACCAGAUCGGCCGGAGAUUGUGAGUCGAGAAGACGUGGAGCAGAUCCAGAGGCCGAUGGUAGAGACGCUCCAGACCCUGACCAAAAUCAACCAUCCCGAAGACAAGGUCUUCUUCGCCAAGCUCAUCAUGAAGCUGACCGAUGUACGAGACCUGGUCACGCACCACGUCGACGACCUCAUGUCCAUGAAGCUUCCCGAUUCCCAGUUUGAGAGCCUCUUCCCCCUCAUCUCAGAGAUCUUCAACGUUUAACGUUUGGCCCUUUUCUGGAGGGAGAUGGACUCGAAAUAGAUGUUUGGCCUCCGUGCGUGAGGAAGCGGUGGGUGCAGCAGUCGGAAAGAGAGAUCCUGGAAUCAUUGAUAGGUCAAUCCCAACAAUAAUUGUCAAUUAACAUUACAAAGGAUGAUUUGACUUUGACGUUUUGAGGGUAAAGACUGACUUGCCUAGAGGACGGGACCUCGACCUGUUGGGAGAUGGUAGGACGAGGCCAAACAUACAGACAAGAGGCUGAUUUUAUCAAAGAAUAACGCAUGGAAGUUGAACCCUAAGAUGAUCCGUGGUUGCUGAAGCACCAAUACACCCUAUGUAUUGGAUCAUCCCAUGUACUAACUAUGCCAAGUCAAUGACAUAUUUCCUAAGUGGCCAAAGAGAGAUCCAAUAUGAUCUGUAAUAACCGAAGUAUUAAAGACCAUUUCCUACAAUUUGAAUGAGAAUCAACUACAUUUUCAAAAAGUUUGUUUUGUUGAUUUGCAAGUUUGGACAAGUCUGGAUUAAUGGAUUUCCAAAUGCUUUCAACAUGCAUAUAAGAUAGCUUGAGGGAUAUCACCAGCAUGAUAAUGAUCGUGUGUCCAACCAUUCUGCGAGUCCGGGUAACUUCAUCAGACUCGAUUCCUGAGGGUUCUGCAGAAGCCGGAGAUGCAGGAAGUGGACAAAAGCUUGACUUCUGCCAUCCAUCCAACAGAGACAUGAGGCAGGCAGUCACUCCCUGUGCUAAGGACCGGAUCAGGGAUCUCCGCAAGAAUCGUUUGUUCUUCAUUUCUUAGUCAUUCCACAGAAUUAAAGGAGAUAUCGGCAAGAGAUUUCCUUCAUUUACCUGAUUGUGGUGUUGGGAGUGAUCCGUAUGCAUGGUAUCCCCAAUGUGUUGAUGUCUGUUCCUUUAUGUCAAUUCAGUUCUGCUCUGUCGCAAUCUGAGUUGAGGAGGGGGGGGGGGAGCGGUAUUAAUACACUGAGCUAGUAUAGAAACAGAUAUCUAGCAUGCAUGAGAAAGAAUAAAUGAGUGCAUACAUUUUGGGUCAUAUUACAUAACCCGUGUGAAGAUUUUGAAGUAAUGCUUGUUAUAAUUCUUAUAUUUUAUAUGAUCAAGCCAAAUGGGCCUAAUCAACGACUCAAUAAUUCACAACUUGUAUUUAUAUAUGUGCCAAUAAUGAUUUUUAAAGAUUUUUAAGUUCAAAUAAAUAUAAUUUAUAAAAUGUUAAUAUCAUGAAUCACAGUAUUUAUGUGUUUUAAUUCAUUGUACAUGGGAGAAUGAAAUCAAUUAGUAGAUUUAACUUAUUUCUCAAUAAAGAGGCAAAUAAUAUGAUCAGGGAUAUACAAUUUAACUUAUCACAUCAAUAUCCUUUGGUAGGUUUCGUAUUUUGGCACAUCAAUUACAACUUUCUGCCUACCAUCACAAACGAUUUUAAAAAGACGAAAUUGUGGUAUGCCAUGAAUGUUGCGGAAAUCCUCUUGCAAAAAGGGUAUUCUGUCGGUUAAUCCAAAUUUAUAUUCAAGACAUGCAUUUGUUGUAGUAAGUGUUUGGAUCAGUAUUAUUGGAUUGAUUGUUUGAUAAAGAAGUAUGGUAGCAAGUCUUUUGUCUCAGGACCUCUGAAACUCUCCCUCGUUCAACUUCAGUAGCAGGAGAAAGAAGGAGAGAGAGCCAGAUUGAAAACUUAUUUUGUUCUUUAUUUGCCAAAUAUCUAAUAUUUUGUUUUUUGCUCUAAUGUGGUGACAUCGCUCUCUCUCUCUCUCUCUCUCUCUCUCUCUCUCUCUCUCUCCCUCUAUCUAUCUAUAUCUCUAUCUUUCUUUCUCUUUCUCUUUCUCUCUCUGCAUUUAUUCAUCUUAUCUAUGAUUUCACCAUUCCAAGCUUAACCUACAAAAGUUUUGUACUAAUUAAUCAUUUUGAUUUGCUCACAAGUACAUUGUGAUUCAAGUCAGUAUUUCUUUCAGUCAAAGAUAAGCUGGAUAUGAUCGAACGAUGUUAUCACAUUUUUGGAUAAUAACAGUUGAAAGUAUUAAACAUUCUUUUGAUUAGUGAAUUUCAUUCACUAGGAGAACUCAGUGUAGUAUUAUGAAUUUGUUUUCUCGAGUCGAAAACCUCCCGUUUGCUUGGACAACACAGUAUUGGAAAACAGAUCGUCAGGAUGUAUGGCUGAUUUCUGAAAAAUAAUUUCAUUUUUGUAAAAAUGUUGUCUUUCACUGUCUUUUAAACAUGAAUAUUUUGCUGCAGAGGAAAGACAGUUUUACUCUCUGUCAAAAUCUUUGCCAAUUUUUAUCAUCCCCGUGUGUAAAAGGAGUUUUACUGCAAAAUAAGCGGGAUGUUCUCUUUUUUAAUAGAUUAAAUUGAUUGUUGUUCGAGGGUUGUGGCUUUUCUGUUUUAACAUUGUUAUCUUUUCCCUGACUUUAGUAAUUGGCCUUACUUCCAAAUAGGCAUACUUCAGAAGUAACAAAACAGACAAACAAAACAAAAUGUCACAAUUCUUGUGAUAAAAACACAGUUUUAGUCAGGCCUUCGAUUGAAGCCACUUCAAGUAUUGCCAUUACCAAUUAUAGGUCCCCUCUGUAGCGUUAUCAAAUUGCACACUACUCUCUCUCCGAUAUUAAAGAAGGAAUGCUUUUGGAGAGCAAAAAAGAUUCAGGCCAAAUAUAUGUAACUACUCACGAGUGCCAAAUGCUGCUACACCCAAGGGUUGGGCUACUUGUGUGAAUACUACAUAUGAGAAGCUCUUAAAAACAAUGUCAUCUUGAUUCUGUUUGACCCUUUUUUAUCAACCCAAUUUAUAUGUAAGCCCACUUUAUACAUGUACCUUUUUUGUUGCGUGGGUAUAUUUCAAUAUCAAAUAUUGAGACUGAAACGAGGGAUGGUGAUGAUGAUUUAAUCUGUCUAUAGUUCACUGAUAUAAUUGUAAAUAAUGGCUUGGUUAUCGACUGUAAAUCACUAGACAAAUGUUUUUUGAGAAAGAUAAUAAGCUCUGUUUAUGUAUUAAUUUCAACAGAAUGUGUUUAUUUACAUGAAGAUUUUAACAGUUAUAAUGAUUUGUAUUGUUGGUGUCAAGUCGAUAUGUGUAAUAAUGGUGUCAUGUUAGUUUUAUUUCAUUUUUUUUUAGCAACGUGAGGAAAGUGCCAAAAAAUAUUAUGUCAGAUGUAAAUAGGAUUUUGAAGAUUCAAAAAGAAAGAAAUGGAAGUCAGAAUUGACAAUAAUGCAACUGCUAUAAGAUACACAUUGUGAUGAUUUUAAAAUGUCUUGUACCUGACUGUUUUUCAUCGAGUGCGUUAUCAUCGUAUCUCAUUCUUUCUCUCUUCUCGUUUGCAGAUAGUUCCAGGAUAUUCAUUGUUUGCGUAGUGAUAGGAUGGGGCUACAUGACUUUAAAUAGAUAGCAACACAGACACAGAACAAGUCACAAGAUAUAUUAUUUACGAUUUAAUGCCUAAAUUGCUGAUCAAAUCAUAAUGGCUAUCCUAAGGAUGAAUGAAACCCAGCUAGGGUCAAUGUCUUUAUUUCCAUUUAAUUCAAAUCCGCAGCUGAUCAUUAAUAGGUUUCAUUUGGUCUCAUAUAAAUCCUUUUAAUAUUUAUUUCUGAUGGGUUUUAAAAAAAAAAUAGAAACUCACUAAAAAUAGGUGACAGUUUUGUUUCAUUAGGAAUAAGCAAUCAAUGAUAAAUUUUUGAAGACAUCUCAUAAACAUUUUUUUUAAUAAAUGUUGUGUACUUAGAGUAUGUUAGUAGACAAACUGCCAAGUAUAGAUGCCAAAAAACAGCUAUGACAUCAAUAAAAAAGGAAAUUCCUUUUCCAACGUAAAUGUCAGAUAUUUAUUUUCCAAGAAAAAUUGUUUGCACACAUUUUUAUUUUGAAUUGCCAAAUCUCUUGUAGAUAUACUUUUAGUGAUAAGUCUGUUCUUGUCAGCUUUAGAUUCAGGGUAUUUUAUCCUUAUCAAAAUCAAAUUUAGAUUCAGGUCUUUUCUUCCUGAUAAAGUAAUUAUGCAUCCUCUCUUGGUCGCUUUAAUUUAAAAAAAAAAAUGCUAGUUCAAGAAGCAAAAAGAGUGCCAGUUUUGUGGCCAUUGUUAAUUAUUACUUUUUUUAUAAUAAUUUAUUUCUGUUACUUAUUUGAAUAACCAAAACAGUUUAAACUCAAACAAUUUUUUUUAUGCUGCUUUUUCUCAUUUGAAUAAAAAAGUUUUUACAAAUAGAAGAAAACCAGAUGAUUAUUGGUUGACAAAGUUGUUGCUUUAAUUUUCCAGAAGCAUACCGCAUAACAUGUAAAUCAUAGCAAGCUGAGUCUCAAUUUCAUGGAGGCUUCUUUUAACAGAAAAAGAAGACUUUGUCGAUGUGUUAUAUGUUUUGGUUCACUUGAAGAAGUGACGUUAAACUUUUAACAAAAGUAUCGUCAUCAUCGCCUGUGCUGUAUUACGUUUGAAUCAUAGUGGUACAAAGAUGUUUUUGUUUUAGUUUAUAGUUUUAACUGCAUACUAUGUUUGUAUAGUAGUUUUCUUUUCUUUCUUUUUUUUCAAAUGAGAAGUAAUAUAUAAAGAUAUUGUCACAUUGUGUGAUGUAUUGUCUUUGUUUUUCCCCCUUUUUGAGAAAUAUCUUUUUCCUUACCCCCUAAGUUGGUCAUUUGUUUAUGUCAGUCGCAUUUGGGACUGAGGUAGGCAGAGAUGAUUUCCUCUUGUCUAUAGAUCUCUGUGUGAAAUCCAUCGUAUCAUUACUAUACAUGUACGAUACUGAUAAUAAAAGAGCACACUAUUUCUGAUUGUAUGAUAA